GACGUCACGGUUACUCGCGUAUUCCCCGGAAUAAAACCUGCCAGGGUAAAUUUGAGGGGUUAUUCUUCAGGGGGAGACGCGGACGAAAACAAAGAGUUGUUGGUGCUGCUGUUGCCGUUCCGUUUUGCAGCCAUGACUUGCAUCCACCCCCUGCAGCACGGUUCCCAGCCCUACGACAACAACCUGGGCAGCUUAGAACCUCACAGCCCGGACUUGUACUCCAGGCUGUUGGUGGAUCCAGCCAACCCGUGGAACCACCCAUGCACCCCGUGCCUGUCCAGCGUCGGCACUCAGGCGGGCACAUUUGAUGCCUACACGUGCCCGACGAGCGCAGGCCAGGAGAGCCUGUUCAGGCUGGAUGAGCUCCAGCUUUACGGCUGCUACCCUGGCGCCCUCAUGUUCACUUUCCCGGAUGUGACUGUCUCGUCUUGUGGCUCAAGUGAUUUAGCUGAAUCCAUCCCCAGCUUCCAAAAUCAGCAUACGCCCGCCUGGAACUCUUAUUCACCUAGUCCCGGAUACUGGGCGGCUGAGGACAUCCCAGCACCGCAUGUCCCGUCCUUCUUCACGUUUGCUGCGGGGCCUGCGGACGAUGUAUCUCCUCUGGGGCAACCCCACCUAGAUGUUGUCACUGAAGCCUCCUCACUCGCCUUCCCUGCACUGCCCAUGGAGGGGACGUGCGGCCCGGAUGAAGCUGACCACUCGGAAGGGACUUUGCCGCUGAAACUAAAAAGCCUGCGAGGCAACGAGGGCUGCUGCGCCGUCUGCGGGGACAGCGCCUCCUGCCAACACUACGGCGUUCGCACCUGUGAGGGAUGCAAAGGCUUUUUCAAGCGGACGGUACAAAAGAAUUCCAAGUAUGUUUGCCUGGCCAACAAGGACUGUCCCGUGGACAAGAGGAGGAGGAACCGCUGCCAGUUCUGCCGAUUCCAAAAGUGUCUGGCUGUAGGAAUGGUCAAGGAAGUUGUGAGGACCGACGGCCUGAAGGGUCGCAGAGGUCGCCUGCCCUCCAAGCCAAAAGUAGUCCAGGAAGCGUCGCCCGCGGUGUCUCCAGUCGGCAUGAUCGCUUCUCUCGUGAGGGCUCACAUCGACUCCAAUCCCAACGAAGAACACCUGAAUUAUUCCAAAGCCGAAGCAAUAGACAUCGGCGCAAACCAGAAAGAGGAGGCGAGCGACGUCAAAGAGUUCUAUGACCUGCUGACAGGCUCCAUGGAGGUGAUCAGGAAGUGGGCCAAGAGCAUUCCGGGUUUCUCGGAUUUCUGUUCUCCAGAUCAAGAGCUGCUCCUGGAGUCAGCCUUUGUUGAACUCUUCAUCCUUCGUCUUGCGUACCGGUCAAACCCCGAAUCGAACAAGUUGGUCUUCUGCAACGGCAAAGUGCUUCACAAAACGCAGUGCGUCAGAGGCUUCGGUGACUGGAUCGACUCCAUCUUGGAGUUUUCCCGAGGCCUCCAUCGCAUGAAACUUGACAUCUCCUCCUUCUCGUGCCUCACGGCACUGGUCAUCAUCACGGAGCGACAUGGUCUCAAGGGACCAAAACGCGUGGAGGACUUGCAGAAUCAGCUGGUUAACAGUCUUAAAGAUCACGUGUUGGACUGCCCGUCGCCGCGGCCCAACUAUUUGUCCAGACUGCUCGGGAAGCUGCCUGAACUCAGGACGCUGUGCACUGAAGGCCUUCAGCGCAUCUUCUACCUUAAAUUGGAAGGUCUAGUCCCGCCACCACCUAUUGUGGACACCAUUCUGAUGGAUUGCUUCCCAUUUUAAAUGGAAGGACUGAGACAACACAUGUGGAGUCAAAGACAAAGUGCGACCCUAAUUUGAGGUUUCUUUCUGAAUCAUAUUAUGUGAUGAGGGACAAUAAACAAAGCAGCUCAAAGACCAAAGUGCUGACAGUUUUCCACUCAAAGGGCACUGAAUGGAAUACCUGACGGAGGCAAGAUGGAAAGAUUUUCCGAACACUGACAAACCGCACAUUGGGUUGCAAAAAUUCAGUGAAUUUUUCUAGUGGGAAACGUUCUAUGGAAACAAACAGGAAUUUGUGAGGAAAAUGGGAACAAAGCAGGAAUGAAAACAAAUUGAAGGAUAGUUCUCAAUGGGGAAUUUAAUUAGAGUUGGGGAAAAUAUCUUUUCUUCGGUUAAUUUGGUCCGAAAGUGGUCUGACCGACAAUCUUAAAUAUAAAACGUGUUCAAUAUUUACGACCAAAAACCUUCACAUGUGUGCGGAAAGCAGACUACUCACGUGUGACAUCAACGGAACAUCGGCAAGCACCUUGCUGGAUGAACAAGCAAAUGUCAAAAUAAAAUGUAUAAAUUAUAAAUAAAACUAAAUAUGUCCUACCCAUGUAGGCAACAAGAAUUUUCCAAAGCAAGACCUUUGUUGAUGACCGCACCUUUUUUUUCAAUGCUCCCACCUCCCGUUCUUUUAGCGAAAAAAUUGGGGAACAUCGGCCCAUCAGCAGAACUGUCUUUUUGUAAGAUAACAUGUGAUCACACGGAGUUUAGAUUAUUGGAACACAAAUACGACCCUAAUUGUCAAAUGUCUUUUUUUUUUAACCUUCAUUUGAUCUUUUAAGAUUUGAAAAAUCCUUCUGUGAUGACCAGGCCUAAAAAAACCCCAACAGAUUUCAUGCCGAUGGCACCCAGAUUUAUGAGUGCCACAAUUCUUGAGUAUUUCCAGUUGUUUUCUUGAAUUUGUGCUUUGUGUUGUGAGCCAAAAUUUGAAGUAUGAUUGUGCUUGGGAACUAAAUUGGAGCGGUGAAGGUACUGCAAUGCCCUCGCAUGUGGGCAAGGAGAGCUUGCUCUGUUUUGCCUGAGUGUCUGCUUUUGAUCAAAUUUUUACACCCCCAAACCAAAACAACAACGGCACGUUUGUUGAACAUUGACAAUCAAAUCGCAUUCAAAGACAGCGGGCCUUUUUCAAUUCUUUACAUUGUUCAAUAAUUUGUCAAUUAAAUAAAUAAAUAAACAUUGAUAGAGUUAAGAUACUGAGGAGUUACCAAUGGUAUCGAUUUUUGAACAAAUGUGAAAUUUGCCAGAUUUGGACAUGGGAGAUUUUCGGCUCAUCACUCUUGAUUCCUAGUUACUUCCCAUAAUUCCCACGGAAAGUUUCCAGUAUUGCCAAAAAUCCUUACAUUAAGUUCUCAUGAAUAUGUACUGAAAAUAUAGUGGAGAUUUCCAGCCUUCUGCAACCUUGUGUUGACCUGUUUUUAUUUUAUUUUAUUUUUUUAUGGAGCUUUUGUUGUUGGGACAAGUGACGUAACCACUGGCAAUUGUUUGACGUCCACUCACAUCAUAAGGCAUCAGUCUUGGUGAGGUCCAAGUGGUCCCCGCCAUAAUUAUUCAUAUCGUUCAUGUAUCAUGAAUGGAUUUGGAGCCGCUAACAUAUUGUAUCUUAUGCAUUAUUUUGCAAAUGUUUCUGUAAUUUCCUGGACUCCAGCUUGGAAUAAAAUGUUCCAUUUUCUAAUCAAGA